CGGGAGAGGGCGGCGGGGCGCAGGGAGCGUGCGCGCGGCCCGCCCCGGGCGCGGGCGGGGGGAGAAGGAGGGGCACGCGCGGCGGGCAGCCCGCAGAAGCCGGGAGCCGCGCAGGAGGACGGAGUGCCAGUCGCCGCGGGGCCGAGCCGAUCUGAUUUGUAGCCACUGUGAUCAGCACUUCCAAUUAGGACUUUCCAGAUCCUGACCCAGGACUGCGGAGUAACCAGAUUCCUCACAAGAAGGAGAAGGUGAUUCGGAUUCCUUGGUGGAGGAAAACUCAACCCUCUGGUCUUGCUUCCAACGAUGCAAGUGUGAUCGCUAGCAUCUUCAUGAGCUCCAGAGGUCACAGCACACUUCCACGGACUCUAAUGGCCCCUCGGAUGAUUUCUGAGGGUGAUGUAGGAGGCAUCGCUCAAAUUACCUCCUCUCUCUUCCUGGGCAGAGGCAGUGUGGCCUCCAACCGGCACCUCCUUCAGGCUCGUGGCAUCACCUGCAUCGUUAAUGCUACCAUCGAGAUCCCCAACUUCAACUGGCCCCAGUUUGAGUAUGUUAAAGUGCCUCUGGCUGACAUGCCUCAUGCCCCCAUUGGACUGUACUUUGACACGGUGGCCGACAAGAUCCACAGCGUGAGCAGGAAGCACGGGGCCACGCUGGUGCACUGUGCCGCAGGGGUGAGCCGCUCGGCCACUCUCUGCAUCGCUUACCUGAUGAAAUGCCACAGUGUGUGCCUGCUGGAGGCCUACAACUGGGUGAAGGCCCGCAGGCCUGUCAUCAGGCCCAACGUAGGUUUCUGGAGGCAGCUGAUAGACUACGAGCGCCAGCUCUUUGGGAAGUCGACAGUUAAAAUGGUACAGACGCCUUAUGGCAUAGUUCCAGACGUUUAUGAGAAAGAGUCCCGACACCUGAUGCCUUACUGGGGGCUAUAAUGCCACCAAGGCCUGCAUCAGCAGCCCCUUGAGCAGUACCAGCAUCUGCUGCACACCGUCUGUUCCCCUUUUCACCUUCUUUUCAAAUGGUUGACUUUUGGUUCUCCCUGAAGUGUUUUUUACACUGGGUGUUUAUUUUAAAAGAUAGGGCGGGAGGGGAAGAACACAAGGGGAAUGCAUACAUUGCUAGUAACAUUUUUAAAACCAACAUUUUGGAAUAGCGUUUAUGAAAAUCUUUAACUGGCUUUUAAUCAUUUUUAACAAUUUGAACAGUUGAAUAAACUGUUUGGUUCUGCUGUAUUCUGAAUCCCAUGCCUUUAGGCAUCAUGGCAGGUCCAGGAGGAGCUCAGUGCAAAAAUCACUUUGGGUCCUGAUUAACCCUCUAGAAACCAGCUUUGCCCAAGGCUGCCGACCAGACAAAUGCUUAGGGAGGAUUGAUACCAGCUUCAGUCUCUACUGGAUUAGCCCUACUCUUUCCUUUCCUAUUAUUUAGUGACUCUGUAAGUUAAAAAGCUAAACCUUUAUUAUCUAGUUGUUAAUUAUAAUGAAAUCUGCUGCAAACACCCUCUCGGAAUCAUUGUGCCCCAGGACUAUAUUAGCAUUAUUUUUAAUAAAUAUAUCUGCAUAACA